UAAGCGAUUCCGCAUUUUUGAUUUAUCUAUAACUAAAUAUAAUUGUCACAAAUUAUAAUAUUAUUGAAAACUACAACUGACAGCAUACAGCCGACUUGUGCUGCUUUUGUGUCAAUUAAUGGGAAAUAAAUAAAAAAACAAUCUAGCAAAAAUUCCUCGGCCAAGAAAAUGAACUUUCCUAUGGCAAAUUCCAACAAGGAUACGCUACGUGCGGCCUGUAAAAAGUGCGGCUACGCUGGUCACCUGACUUAUCAGUGCCGCAAUUUUCUCAAGGUGGAUCCAAACAAGGAAAUACUAUUGGAUGUGGAGAGCACGAGCUCGGACUCGGAGCUGGACUACCUGACGCCACUGACUGAGCUACGCGCCCAAGAACUCAAAGGGAGCGAUGAUGCGGCUGCCAGUACAGCAGCUGCGUCGACAACGACGAAGACAACAACAACAAAGGCGAGCAAGACAGAUAAGAAGAGUUUGAGCGGUAGUGGUGGUGGCAGUAGCAGCAAGCGCAGCAGCAGUAAAACAGCCUCAGCUGCCAAGCACUCAAAGACCGAGCGACACAAGAAGCAUCGCAAGAAGAGCAAGAGUAAGAAACAUAAGAAAAGCAGCGCCGUGGAAAGCGUCAAGGGAAAAACCGGCAGCAAGGAGGCGUCCAAAAAGAAGCAUAAAAGUGAUGGCAGUAGCAGCAAAAAGUCAAAGCGUCGCCAAAGCAGCAGUAGCAGCUCCUCGUCAUCGUCUUCGUCAGAGAGCGACUCCUCCACAUCAGAUUCAUCCAGCAGUGACAACAGUGAUUCGGAUUCUAGCGACAACGAAGAGUCUAGCACAAGCGAAUCCGAUGAGUACGGACGCAAAAAGAAGCGCCAGGGUAAAUACAAACGCAAAGCGCAAGCCGUGGAACCGCGCCGCAAAAAGGCAAAGGCCAAACGCAAGCGCCAUCGCUCCAGUGGAGCUACAGCACCUGGCGCCAGCACAUACCUCAGCAGCGCCAGCGAUAGCAGCACCUACUAACAUGCAUGACUAAACCAAAGUAACGGCAUUUAGUUCACACUGGACAAUUGCGCGUUUACGUUUUUAAAGAUGGCGCAACCGAAUGUAGGCUAGUUUUCAAGCAAUUUUUUUUUCUCAAAUAUGCAAGAGGCAAGCUAGGCGUUUACCACUUCCAACUGAGCAAACUGCCACCCCGUUGCAUGCCACACACGAGAAACACAAAAAAAAAAUUAAAAAAAAAAAAAAACAAACUGACACACAUGG